AUGCAAGUUUUCAAAUCUAUUUACAUCUUGGCUUUGGCCGCUCAAGCUUUAGCUACCCAAACUCGUUACCAAUUCUUUGCCAAGUCCGACUUUGACCAAAUUAACGGCCAUGGUUUAACAUACAUUCACGAAGGUGCUGCUAUUGACUACUUUUUCGUUCAAAAUGAUACCUCAACGUCAGCUGCUGUCCUUACUUAUGAUGAUCAACAACAAAAAUUCUUUUUCCAAGUUACUCCACAGCUCGAGCUUAAUCUCACUAAGGGAGGAGAUAUUUUACUGUUGAGUUCAGGCGAUCCAUUGAAGGUUACAAUUGGGGAUGAUGGAAAUGUAUCUUUCGACGGAAGUGAUGUUUUACAUGCAGUGGACCACCUUAAAAUACCAAAUGGUGGCGAUGACUACGCAGUUAUCGUGGGAGAUUUCGAAGGUGGGUUUCAGUUCAGCAUUGAAGCUAGAGAGUAUGAGCCUUAG